UCCGUCUCCUCGUUCCGUUCCAAUUACAGUUUCGCGUCUACCGCGCCCACUUCUGCCUACUCCCCGACAUCGCCUACUUCCUCCGCCUCUUGGCGCCAGUGCGAUUCCGCUGCUUCUCUCGACCGUAUCCUUGAACCCGUCAUUAAGCGUCUGCCCCAGGAGGUCUACGAUAAUAUUCUCGCUCAGCUCGAGGCUCUGCAUACCGACUGCCACCACAAUGGCUGUGUGACCUGUUUCCAGCGCGAUCUGCAUUCCCUCUCCCUCACAUGCCGCAUCUGGGAAAAGGCUGUCCGUUCCAAGCUCUACAAUCGCAUCCAUAUCGUCGGCAAUGACUCCCCCGCACAACUUAAGAAAUACCGGCUCAAACGCGGCAGUCGUCUCAAGUUGCUCCGCCGUACACUGCGAGAGCGGAAACUGCUAGCCAACCUGGUCUUUGAACUCCGCGUUCCCCAGAUGGAAUUGCUCUUCACUUCCGGGAAACACGUCGCUCAAUGGGAGGAGUACCGCGAUCUCGUCGCCUCCGUUGUCAUGGUCUGCCCUAGUCUCGAACGUCUGCUUGGCCUCUCCAUUCCGUACCAUCACGAAUUCGACCGCCUUACACAUGCCCUUUCCACCCGCAAGAAGCUCAAAGAACAUACCUGGGUAAUUGGCGAGGCCCGCGAGACUUCUGAGGCAUCCGAGUUGUCUCCACGCAUUUCCUCCUGCCCCGGUAGUCUUGGACCCCUGCAGAUGUUUGAGUUUCUUGACUACCAUGCCUCCUGGUCCCAUCUGGAGACCAUGACCCUUUACGCCCUCGACGAGAACAAGAGCACCCUUGAACCCAGCAUUUUCCUACGCAUGCUCACCAUGCUGCCCUCCCUUCGACAUCUCUGUAUCACUGGAUUCCAUGCAGAUGCCUUUGCCGACAGCGCUCUGCUCUGUCUUCCACCUCUCGAGUCCCUGCGGCUCGAGCGUCUGCCCGGUGUCACCGACACCGGUUUGACUCAAUACACCUCGCGGCCCGAGUCACAAUCUCUCAAAUCGUUGACCUUGAUCGAGCAGAAGGUCGAGUCGUUACUGGUCAUUUCCAAGAUUCUCUCCUCCCUGCGCCAGCUGGAGCGUUUCCAGAUCGUCCAAUCCGGCACAUGUCCGCAGGUUGAACCCGAUGCCAUGGUCUUCCAACCUAUCCUGGCCUCCUCCACACUGAAAUACUUGCAUUGGGAUGUCGCCGUUCCAAAUCCUGGUACGGCGUUGAGCAAGCUGGACUAUGCUCCCUUUGUCAAGCCCCCUAAGCACACCGAUACCCCCAACUCUCACCUCGCCCAGAGCAUCAUUUCUGCAGGGUUCCCGCGUCUCCAAGCGCUGCGCGCUCCGUCUGACAUUGAGCCCCCAGGUGUUCUGCAAGCCGUCUGUCAACCGAUCCCCAAGGGGCAGGCUCUGCUUCAGCCGGAUCGCUACAGUUUGCCCCGCAGUUCCCACGGUUCUGUUAAAGCACGGCCAAUGGCCCUUCCUGCCGGCAACAACCUGACCUCGGCCCGCAUCCGCGCCCAGACGUUUAUUGAUAUGGCCGCUAAGGACUCCGAGACCGGGAUGAGAUGCUUGAUUACCGACCAUUCGGAUUCCUACGUGCCAGACAAUGCGUUGGAGGAUGCCGAGUCUGAUGACGAUGAUGAUUUUGAUGCCGAUAUGGAAGCUUUUGGAUCUUGGUCAGCCCGCGAGCGGCCUCAGCUAAACCCCACAGCGGCAGCAGAGCAGAAGCAAUCGAAUGGGCCAGUUACAGUAUUUGAUUUUCACAUGCCUGCAUAUAUGGGGCGUACAGGGUCGCGGUCAACUUAUCGGGACGUCUCGAUUCCAAAGUUCAUUUUGCGUCCCGAUCUCCCUGGACAAGAUGCGGAUGGUGGUCUCGUUGUGUGGAAACACAUCCUGGCAGCCAAUCAGUCGCUCAACUAUGCAGCUGGUGUCGGGGUACAUUGCUUUGGGAAUAAGAUAGGGCCACGGCCGCCUCCGGAGGAGCCAGCCUCUCCGGCAUCGACAGCCAUCACGACACCACGAUUAUGGAGUAGUAUUGGCAGUCGAUCCAUGAUGUCCCUCAAUACCAACAGUCCAGCAACACCCACAACACCCUCAACGCCAAUGAGUUUUGGGUCAACAUCACAUCUCCCCUGGGAGAAAGAGACCUGCACAGGGUCAUGGAAUUACGGGCAUAAGAGCGGUCGAGAUUGGUGGUUCCACAUGGAACGAGAUCGUCCAAAUCAUAUGGAUGUGAUCGAUCUCAAGCGGCUAUUCUAG